UACAUAUCCAACCGGUGUUACCAUGCGCGGCCCCUUUUCGAUGUACCAUCCGCGCAGCCGAUCUUAUGUACGAACCCAACCCAAUCAACGAAGCUAUUGCAUGAGACGAUUACCCUGGUGUAUCUCGAUUGCACUGCAGGUGUUCGCUGAUUGUCUGCAGCAUACACCAUAGGCCAGUGUGUGUACGUACAGAGCUCCUCCGUUCCGCACAGGGACCCAUGCGUCCCACGCCUAAACUGCAUUGAGUUGUCAGACCGCAACCCCGUUUCCCUCGCAUCUGCUAUGGACAAGUGGUUAUGAUCAAUGGACGGCUCAGCUGGUCUUUAAAUGGCGUCCCAUGACCGCGCACUAGCGUUCUUCCAGAUGAACUCUCUCGCGGCUUCACGUCAACAUUCUCGUUAUAUAACCUCGCUAGACCGAGAUGAAUACUUGGUGCCUCAUUUGAUCCCUCUCCCUGCAUGGCUUCCUCUCCAGACGCUCUUGAUCGCGAUCGUGAAGAGCGCGCUUUGACCAGGAAGAUCUUGUGGAAGCUCGACUGUCAUGUCCUGCCUCCUCUGGCGCUGCUCUGGCUCUGUAAUUUUAUAGAUCGAUCCAACGUUGGCAACGCGCGAAUUGCUGGCCUCGAGAAGAGCACUGGCCUGCAUGGAAAUCAGUUCAACAUCGUUCUCACCGGUGAGAAGCGUGGUUCUCCAUCUCCACCAGAGGCAAUGCACUCAUUGGCGCGCUGUAGUCUUCUACCUGACGUGAACAUCCCCGCGCAUUCCCGCCGCUUUUUUAACUCUCUCCGUAGCUACCUCGCCUCCGAAAUACCCUCGAACCUCAUCCUCAAGAGGAUGAAAGCCACGUAUUCCCGCCUGCCCCUGCGAUCUGCACCGGACGUUCACCUUUUGCAGCGAUGGCUCCCUCUGAUCGUCUUCUUGUGGGGCGCCGUGACAAUCAUGACCUGCUUUGUGCACAACUUUGGCGGACUGAUCGCCAUUCGCCUCGCUCUGGGGAUGUGCGAAGGCGCGUGGUUACUUCCAGGCAUGUGUCGGGAUAUUCUACGCGUCGGCUUCGCUUUCCGGGCCUUUGGAGGUCUGCUUGCGACUGGAAUCCUGUCUAUGGACGGCCUCGGCGGACUGGCCGGCUGGAAAUGGAUAUUCGUCAUCGAAGGUUUGGCCACUGUGGUCGUAAGCAUUAUCGCCGCCUACUUCAUGCCUGAGGGGAUCGCGACGGCAUCGUUUCUUACACCGGAAGAGAGAAGAUUUGCAUUAAACAGAUUCCACGGGGUCGUUUACGAGGCCCCUGUCGAGACGUCCGAGAAGGGCGAGACGUCGAUCACGGAAAAUGCCGGACCAUCUGAUGCUCCCGUAGUUCAUCUGACGGACGAGAAAUUCGAGUGGAGAGAGGUCGUGCGAGGUUUGACGGACUUCCAGACCUGGGUGACUGGUAUCGCCUACCUGGGGCUGAUCGUUUCGCUCUACUCGUUCUCACUAUUCCUGCCGACGAUUGUGGCCGGUCUGAACUACACCGGCAAAUCCGCCCAGCUGCACACCGUCCCGCCCUAUGUUCCUGCGACCGUUCUCACAGUGCUGGUCGCGUUUCUCAGUGAUCGACUGAAGUGGCGCGGGCCGUUUAUCCUGAUAUGUCUUCCUUUUGCUAUUACAGGAUACAUCCUCGCCAUUGCUGCGAAAACUAACGCUCAGCGUUACGGAGCCGUCUUCUUGAUCGCCGCGGGUGUAUAUCCGAGUGGACCUGCGAUCCUUUCCAUCCUACCGAAUAACAGCAGCGGCUACUACAAGCGCGCCACUACAACCGCCCUGCAGCUGGCGAUCGGAAAUGCCGGUGGAUUCAUCGCCACAAACAUCUACACGACUGACCAGGCCCCCAAGUACAUCAAAGGUCACAGCAUCGUCCUCGGAUUCCUCAUCCUCGCCUGGUUCAUGAUCGCCGUCCACGUGUACGUCGUCACGCACCUCCUCAGCUCAGCGCUGGACCGACUACUAACACCCCAGCAGACUGCACGUCUUCCGGGAGAACAGGCCAGAGCGCAGGGCCGGCGUCACGGUAAUAUCACUGCCUACAACGCCCUGCGCGAUGCGGGCUUGACCAGCGCCCCCAUCGGCGACAGGGACCCCGCAUUUCGCUUCACGCCAUGA